AUGAGGUUCUUCAACUUUGGUCUGGUGGCUGUGUCCUCCCUCUUUGCAACUUCUUUGGCAGCACCCGCCAUCCCCGGAGUCGGCAACAUCCCUAGCACCAACGACAUCACCGACAAAAUCCCCAGCACCAAUGAUAUCACCAACAAAAUCCCUAGCACAAACCAAAUCACCGACAAAAUCCCUAGCACUAAGGACAUUUCCAACGUCGACCUUGACGAGCUUGACAAGCGCGCUGAGCAGGUCGUCAUCAAAAAGAUUCAGACUACCAUCAUUGAGGUCAAGAAGCACACUUCCACGAUCAACUCUACCGUUGACGGUGUCUGUGGCCCCUGCGCCGCGCAGGAGAAGAAGGAGAGCAUCAUCAAGCUUGUGAAGAGCGAGAUCACCAUUAUCGUUAGCCUCAUCAACACCCUCGUCAGCGAGGUCGUUGAGCUUCUGUCCAACACCGUCGAGAUUGUUGAGGAGGAGAAGCAGAAGAUUGUUGGUCUUGUUCUGGAGCUUGUUUUCGAAAUCAUCUUUACACUCAAGAACGUGUUGAAGGUUCUUAGCAUCAGCAUCUUCGAGCUUCUGGGACCUCUUGUUUUCGUCCUCCUUACUGUUAUCGGCCACCUUCUCACCACUCUCAAUGUCUUGGUCGAGGACCUUCUCAAGAUCGUCUUCUCCGCCCUUGGUGGCGUUAUCAACCUGCUUCUGGAAGUUUUGUCGGGACUGCUGCCCACUGUUCUCGGCCUCGUCGGCGGUGUCCUCAACCAGCUUAACCUUGGUGGCCUCAUCUGCGGUCUCCUUAACUAA